UCUAAUAUUGAGACAUCUGUUUUUAAGUUGAAUUUUGAAAUUGAGUAUUCGUCAGUUGUAACGGUUUGACUUUGAGCACUAAUUAAAUAUUGACUUAAGAAGUUUGAAACAAGAUGAAACCUGAAAAAAUUAUUGAUGUGUUAGACAAUCAAGGAAGAGCAACAGGUGAAAAAGAUUGGUUUCAAGGAAUUUUUGGUGACGUAACUAAGGCUUCUGCUGCUAAGCAAACAAUAGUUGGAGGAAUUACUGGAUGGGGAACAGGGUUUGUAUUCACUAAAGUUGGGAAAGUUGCUGCAACUGCAGUUGGGGGAAGCUUGCUCCUUAUUCAGAUCGCACAACAUCAAGGUUAUAUCAGGAUCAACUGGAAUCGGCUAAACAAAGAUGUGGAGACAGCAACAAAGCAUGUAGAGAUGCAGGUUGAUGAAGGUUUCCCAAGGCUUCUCAAACAGGGAAAAAAAUUUGUGAAGGAGAAUAUCUUCCUUGCUACAGGAUUUGCUGGAGGGUUUCUGUUAGGAAUUGCAUCUUCCUAGCUGUAAACGAAAGAUAAAGGAUAUAUAGUGUAAAGUAAAUCUGUAGCUUUAUGAUGUUAGAAUACUGAGUGGAGUGAAACUAAUGUCUUCAACAGUUUCAUGUAAAUUUGAAUAUUUUAUCUCAUAAAUACCAUCAAGAUAAAUCUGCCUAAAAAAUUAGCAUUUGUCAGAUAUUUUACUUUAUAGUGCAGGUUUCAGUGUAGUGAAAAAGCUGUAUAAAACGAAAAUAUUUUUUGCAGCUGAGUACUGGAACUGCCAUAUUUAUUAAUGUUGUCUUCCUGGACUGUUGUACUUAUUCAUAUAUCUAUCAGUAUCAUAGAACUCUUAAGAGAUUUAGUUGAUAGUUGUGUUUUAUUGCUUAAAAAUGAUUAUUCAGUAUCAGUACAGUUACCUUACAGUGAAUGUAAACACAAAUAUAAUAUUGAUUAUUAAUUAUUGUUUUUGAACACCUGUUUUUUACCCAUACUAAUAUUAAUUUCCAAUAUAAUAGUUUAGAUAAAAUGUUUUAAUUUAAACAGUAUUAGCCGCAUUAUUUUAAAUUUAUACUUGUCAUAUUUUUUCAAUUUGUUACAAACCUUUUUAAAUUAAUGACUUAUAUGAAAUUAAGAAAAUAUUAAUUAUUAUUAAUAAUACUUUUACUUAAAUAUUGACUAAAUGAUAUUAUUUCAUUCUUAUAUGGUUAAUAAACUGAAUACUUACACUUCUGACAAAAGAAGCAUUCCUGUAUUUAUAGUAAUUUAAAAACAAUGAGUAUAAGGUUUGUAGUUAUUAAGACCCAAACAACUGUAAUUGAAAGUUAUCUGUCAGUACUGGUGAGCUUUAUUAUACUUUUCCUUAGAUCCAUCCAUCUCAGUUUUUCUGUGCAUUUCCAAGAGGCUAAAUAAUAGAAAAUAAGUGCCAUACUACAUACCAUAUAUUGAGUCUAAAAAUAAAAUUUUAAAACCA